CCCACAAGCCGGGCGGUACAGCGCACUGGCUUCUGCGAUUGGGUGGUGCGGCUAAGCGCUUGGACGUAUUGGCCUCAAAUACAGCACUCUUAUCCAGUUUAGGCGUAUCUGGGGACUUUCGAACGUACAGCGCAUAACUACGUUGGUGGGUGGGUGUUACCACGUGCUUCCGGUUAGGUUGUUCGUCUUUACCAUAAACAUAGAAACUGUAGCUAACAUUUCAUGCUUGGGGCCCCUUCACAGCUCGUCCCAAAGGAGGAGGCACUAGGGCUUUUUAUUUUUUACCGAAGAUAUAUACCAGCUGGUUACCUAACUGAAAUUGCACGGCCAUUCCUCCAUUGAGCAGAGCAAGGUACUUUAAUACUAUACAAGAAGUAUAUCUCGAGCUAGAGCACAGCAUCUCAUAGCUUUUUCAAAGACUUCCAUUCUUUGCAGACAAGCACGCUCCUCUGACACUUGUCACCAUGGGUGACUGCAUUGCAGCAGUUGCUGCUGCAUUUGGUGGAGAUGAGGAAAAGGCAGCAAUUCUUUGCGAACAGUUUGCGUCUGCGGGUUCGCUUCAUGACACGGCCAUCGGUUUGAACACUUUAUACUUGACUUCAUGCGGCGCUCUGGUCUUUGUCAUGCACGCGGGCUUUGCAAUGCUCUGCGCUGGCGCUAUCCGGUCCAAGAACACAAUGAACAUCCUGCUGCAGACAGUCAUGGAUGCUGCCGUAUCGGCCAUUGCAUUCUACAUCCUUGGGUAUGGCUUCGCCUAUGGUAGCGGCGAUAAGCCAAACGGAUUUAUCGGAGACGCCUUGUUCGGCCUCGCCCGCUGGAAGCCAAAGACCAUCUACCCCGACCCCGAGGGCGGAGCGGUGUACCCGGACUACGGCGUUGGCUGGCAAAACUGGUUCUUCCAGUGGGCCUUCGCCGCCACCGCCACCACCAUUCCCGCCGGCGCGGUCGCAGAGCGCCUCAACUUCAACGCCUACCUCAUCUACUCGUUCUUCAUCUCUGCCUUCGUGUAUCCGGUGGUCGUGCACUGGGUCUGGUCCGCUGAGGGCUGGCUGGGCUACGCUCGCAGCACCGCCUACUCGCACCUGUUCCGGGCCGGCAUGAUUGACUUUGCUGGAUCGGGCGUCGUACACAUGACUGGCGGUCUGGCCGGCCUGGCUGGUUGCAUCAUGGUGGGGCCGCGCAUGGGCCGAUUCGACAGCAACGGCAACCCUGUGGAGAUGCCCGGCCACUCGGCGACGCUGGUGGUGCUGGGAACCGUGCUGCUGUGGUUUGGAUGGUACGGCUUCAACCCUGGUUCCCAGCUGCUGAUCAACAGCGUGGCGAACUCUGCUGUCGUGGGCCGCGCGGCUGUCACCACCACCCUGGGUGGGGCUGCGGGCUGCCUGUCGUGCCUGGUCACCGCCCUCAUCCGCAACAAGGCCUGGGACCUGGUUGCCGGCUGCAACGGUGCGCUGGUUGGCUUUGUCACCAUCACCGCCGGCGCCCACGUCGUGGAGCCCUGGGCCGCCCUCAUCGCGGGCCUCACCGGUGGCUGGGUCUUUGACGCCGUGUGCGCGCUCUUCCUCAAGCUGCGCAUCGACGACCCGCUCUCGGCGGCCCCCAUGCACGCCUUCUGCGGCGCCUGGGGUGUCUUCUUUGUCGGCCUGCUGGCCAAGCGCGAGUACAUUUGCGAUGCGUACGGCCGGGAUUGCUCUGAGGGCAACUGGAUUGCGGACGGUCUGUUCUAUGUUGGUGACGGCCGGCUGCUGGCGUCUCAGGUUAUUGGCAUCAUUUGUAUUUUUGCCUGGGUGUUUGGUCUGAUGACCAUCCUGUUUGCGGCCCUGAAGGCCGUGAAGGUGCUGCGGAUCAGCGCUGAGGAGGAGCAGGCUGGCCUGGAUGUCUCGAAGCACGGUGGCUCUGCCUACAACUUCGAGCAUGGUCUUGGCAAGCCUGAAAAGGCUCAGGCGAUUGGCUUGUAAGCGCGGCGUGAUCAGUAACGUGAUCCUGACGGCGGCGUGUCGAGUCAUGUGAGCCAAGGCGGAUAUCGUCUGCUGGCAUGUGGGCUUUGUGUUUGUUACUUUUGUUUGUCUCGAACCUCGUCUGUGACCAUGUCGGCGUGAACAGAGGGCUGUGAGCGUUUGUCGAACAACUUUAUUGGGCUAUGCGACUUGUACUAACCGAGCGUGACUAACCGUCUGUUAUCCAACAUACGUUUUGGCUGAAGCGCUGGAUACCUG